UCUCACACACACAAAGGCAAUCACUAGUCUCAAAGCUUUUAAUUCUCUCUGACCUAUUUCUAUAUAUUUCUCCCUAUCAUCUCCUUAUUGCUUUCUUCUAUUCUCCUAAGUAGGAUUAAUUUGCAUGCAAAUCAAGCAGAUUAAAACGUACAUGACUGACACUACUAGCUAUGACUCGCUCCUCUUUCUGAUUGAAGCAAUAUCUCUCCACUGAGGAAAAAGGAUGUGCAGCAGUAUCUUUGGCUCAAUAAUCAUGGACAACAAUUAUCAUCAAGGCGAUUUAACUGACAUUUUCCGAGCAAGUAGUAGCGGGGGUGGCCGUGGCGGCGGCGGAGGUGGCGGCGGCUCAUAUGGUACUUCUUCAACAUCAGAAUUAGCUCCCCAUGAUCUCCCUUCUUCUUCAUCGGAAAGUUGGCACCACCACCAUCAUCACCACCAGAUGGAUUUCUCUUCUGUAAUAAUGGAAGAUUCUCACAGAGCCACCAACGUCUUCUGCGAUCCCUUCUCGAACAUGCGAGAUCCCUUUCUGCAAGACCUUGAUUUCCCCUUACCUUCUUCAUACUUCAGUUCUGCUACUAAUAAUUCUGUCAUGGAAGAUGCGUCUCCUGGUUUUUCUGCUUCUUCUUCUCUUGUUUUGUCUCAUCACCACAAGCUUGUUGAAGACGAUAUAAGAAUAAGGCCUGCUUUAGCAGCCACAGCUUGUAACAAUAAUACCAUAUUCUCCAACAUGAUUCAGAUCUCUCCCAGCAGUUUGAACAACGCCGCCGCCAAGUUACCACCACCACCAGUUUCGCCGUGUGAUUCUUCUACUCCUCCGGUGAAUAUGGCCGCCGCCGCCGCCAUGAAUUCUUCGUCUUCAUCGUCGUUGCCAUCGCGGAGGGGAAUUGAGCCUUCUUCUUCUUUGGUUUCUGCAGCAGUCAACAUGAAUAUCACCGUGGACAACGCGGCGGUGCAGAUCUCGUCUCCAAGGAAUCCGGGUCUCAAGCGAAGAAAGAGCCAGGCGAAGAAGGUGGUAUGUAUACCUGCACCAGCAGCUGCAAAUAGCAGACCAAGUAGUGGAGAAGUAGUUCCUUCUGAUUUGUGGGCUUGGAGAAAGUACGGUCAGAAACCCAUCAAAGGUUCUCCUUACCCAAGGGGUUACUACAGAUGCAGCAGUUCGAAGGGUUGUUCAGCUAGAAAACAAGUAGAGAGAAGCAGGACAGACCCAAACAUGCUGGUCAUCACUUACACUUCAGAGCACAACCAUCCAUGGCCGACUCAACGAAACGCUCUUGCCGGCUCAACAAGGUCUCAGCCUUCCAAGAACAACAACAACAACAACAGUGCUUCCAGUAAUAAGAACAGCAACAAUUCCGAUCAAGUUUUGAUUCGGCCGCCACCUCGAGACGGUGGCAGCAUGAAGCCGAAGGAUGAGGAGGAGGACGAGCAGCAGCAGCAGGAAGAUCAUCAUCAUCAUCAGAGAGGGAAAAGCUCAUCAUCAUCGGUGAAGGAGGAGAUGGAGUUGGAGAUGAUGGGGGAGAUAACAGAGAUGAACCAGAAUGAAGAACAAGAGCUUGAGAAUCUGAUGAUGGAAGAUGAUACUAAUAACAAUAAUGGAUCAUCAGAAGGUGGAGUGGGAUACAAGCCAUGUAUGUUGGAAAGCAAUAAUAAUAAUCAGUCAUCUGAGGAUUUCUUUGCAGAAUUGGGAGAGAUUGAAGCUGACCCACUGAAUCUCUUGUUCACUCAAGCAGGUUUCAAUGAAGAACAUUGUCAUCAGCAUCAUCAUCAUCAUCAAAGAGAAUCCAAAGCUUUAGAUCCUUUCAAUCUCUUUGACUGGUCAUCGUCAUCAUCUGCAUCAGCAUCAGCAAAUCAUAUUCACAGCACCACCACCACUUCCUUUGAAGAACCAACAAAGAGAGGAUUAUAACAAGACCUUGAAAGAAAUUUAUUCAUUACACUUAUAAUUAUAUCAUCACACCUUAAUUAAUAUCUUCUUUUAUAAUCUUUUUUUUCCUGGUUAUUGUUAUUAUUAAUUCAAGGUCAUGUUAUAAUCUUUUUCACCUGCUUUACAAAAAGGGUAAUGUCAUAGAAAUUUGUUUUUUUUUUUUAAAGUUUUGCUGGAGCCAUUAUGUUAGAGAAAGAUUGACUUUAAUUCCUUCCUCAUUAUAUUUAUUGUUGAAUUUCUUUUAAAAAAA